AUGACAUUCUUUUUCUCUCUCUCUUUGUGUCUUUCUUUCUCACUCUCACUCUCUCUAUGUGUUUCUUUCUUUCUAUCAAUCUAUUUCUCUCUUUAUGUCUUUCUAUCUAUCUCUCUCUCUUCAUGUUUUUCUUUCUCACUCUCUCUCUCUCUAUGUGUUUCUUUCUAUCUCUCUCUCUUUAUGUCUUUCUUUCUCACUCUCUCUCGCUCUAUGUCUUUCUUUCUAUCUCUCUCUUUUUAUGUCUUUCUUUCUCACUCUCUCUCUCUCUAUGUGUUUCUUUCUAUCUAUCUAUCUCUCUCUUUAUGUCUUUCUCACUCUCUCUCUAUGUGUUUCUUUCUUUCUAUCUAUCUCUCUCUUUAUGUUUCUUUUUCUAUCUCUCUCUCUCUUUCUUUCUCUCUCUCUCUCUCUUUUUCUUUCUAUCUAUCUCUUUUUAUGUCUUUCUUUCUCCUCUCUCUCUCUAUGUGUUUCUUUCUUUUUAUUUUUCUUUAUCUUUCUAUCUCUCUCUCUUCAUGUUUUUCUUUCUCUCUCUCUCUCUAUGUGUUUCUUUCUAUCUUUUAUGUUUAUCUCUCUCUCUCUAUAUGUCUUUCUUUCUCUCUCUCUCUCUCUCUGUUUCUCUCUCUCUCUUUCUUUUUCUUUCUAUCUCUCUCUUUUAUGUCUUUCUUUCUCACUCUCUCUCUUUAUGUGUUUCUUUCUUUCUCUCUCUCUUUUUUCUCUCUUUAUGUUUCUUUUAUCUAUCUCUCUCUUUAUGUCUUUCUUUCUCUCUCUCUCUAUGUUUUUUCUAUCUCUCUCUUUUAUGUCUUUCUUUCUCUCUCUCUCUCUGUGUUUAUUUCUUUCUAUCUCUUUUUCUCUUUAUGUCUUUCUAUCUCUCUCUCUCAUAUUUUCUUUCUCAUUUCUCUCUCUCUUUUAUCUCUCUCUCUUUAUGUCUUUCUUUCUCACUCUCUCUCUAUGUGUUUAUUUCUAUCUAUCUCUUUCUCUUUAUGUCUCUCUCACUCUCUCUCUAUGUGUUUCUUUCUAUCUAUCUCUCUCUUUAUGUCUUUCUUUCUCACUCUCUCUCUAUGUGUUUCUUUCUAUCUCUCUCUCUUUAUGUCUUUCUUUCUCUCUCUCUCUCUAUGUGUUUCUUUCUAUCUAUCUAUCUAUCUAUCUAUCUAUCUAUCUAUCUAUCUAUCUUUAUGUCUUUCUUUCUCACUCUCUCUCUCUCUGUGUUUCUUUCUCUUUCUCUCUCUAUCUCUUUGUAUUUCUUUCUUUCUCUCUCUCUAUGUGCUUCUUUCUAUCUCUCUCUCUUUAUGUCUUUCUUUCUCACUCUCUCUCUCUCUGUGUUUCUUUCUAUCUAUCUCUCUCUUUAUGUCUUUCUUUCUCACUCUCUCUCUCUGUGUUUCUUUCUAUCUAUCUCUCUUUAUGUCUUUCUUUCUCACUCUCUCUCUAUGUGUUUCUAUCUAUCUCUCUUUAGGUCUUUCUCACUCACUUACUCUUUAUGUCUUUCUUCCUCUCUCUCUUUAUGUCUUACUUUCUCACCCAAUCUCUCUUUAUAUUUUUCUAACUCUCUCUCUCUCUUUCUUUCUCCCUCACUUUCUUUAUAUUUUUCUCUUUCUGUCUUUUUUUUAA